UUGUCGUUGCGCUAGAAGUAGAGUCGAGUUUGUCGCUAGCAUUGCAGUCUUUCGUUCGUUCAUGAUGCGCCCCAGCGGUAUGCGACUGCUUGUGACGGUUCUGGUAUCGCUGAUCGCCGUACAAAAUGUGGCCGCUUUUACUGAUGCUUUAGAUGACAUUUGGUCCCUUUUGUUCGAUUCAUCUUCGAGUGAAAGCGAUUCGAUGGAGACGAUCAAUGUGCAUACAAAAAAUGCAACAAUCCAAGUCGACUGUGCCGUACCUUGUACGCUAAAUGUGGUUUGCAACAAUUGCACCAUGGCUUCUAACAUGCAGACGAAUGGACCGGCAUCAAACGGAGCCGGUGGAUCAGUGCCCAGUAGUGCCAGUGUUACAACUAGUGUGCCAGUUGCCACCGCACCCUCUGUUGAUCCCUCACCGGCAACAGCAGCUCCUACCCCACCGGCAACAGCAGCUCCUCCCCCACCCGAUGCUGGUGCAGGCGCUGCUGGAAACUGAUGCAACAGUUCUAGACAUAAGGAAUGUAUUUUCUUCUUUUCUUAUAAACUUCUCUUUUACCUUGAGAGAGGCAAGAAUUUUUCUCAUCUGUGCAACAAACAUGUAAAAAUGUUGAUAUGAUUGAAGAAAAACUUGAGGUUAAGAUUUUUGUAUGAAAAAUAAAUUCCAAUGGAAUAAAUCGGUUUCAACAACACCCAAUUUUUUAAUAAACUAUA